AUGGCGCGGAAGUGGUUCCAGCUCGUGGACGAGAACGGCAAAGAUCUGACGUCGGCUGCCGCCGUUGUCUUAGAUAUCGAAAAUGAGGAAACGUUGCUAAAGGCAGUAAAAGAGAUGUACAAAGACAGUUAUUUAGCAGGGAUUGCUGCGUCCGCUCUAACAGUGUUCGACACGAAGGGUGUGGCAUCGCCCUGGUCAUCAUCAUCAGUGAGUAAGUCUGGAGAGGAUGAAGACAAUGCGAUCAUCGUGCAAGUACCUCCGCGAGCAGCUGUACUCGAACCAAACUUACUGCAAAUUAUUUUGCCGCACAUUCUCGCUAAUGCUCCAACAACUCUGACUGAACGAGACAAUACUUUCAAGGAACAAUUAUGCGAGUAUUAUGGAUGCUUUCGGCGAAAGAAAGCGUGGGUGCGAUGCAUGUUGCUCGACGUUGCUUUUCCAAGGUCGCUUGUGCUAGCGUCGCAUUUGUUUCGUCGAAACAAUGAGUAUUUAUCGCUUGCAAUGAUGCAAAUAUCGGAUAUCGACAACGAGAAGAAUGGUCUGUUGCUGUUCAAGCCAAUAAAAUACGCGCUAGAUCAUUUUCAAAUCAGCUUCAUCCGUGAUGAUUCGGAUGUUUUCCGCUUGAAGUUGUUCGAUUAUUCUAUUAAUGACACACGUAUCAUCGAUCUCAAAGACCGCAAAGGGAAUGAUGUGCUCACUAAGAAACAAAGAGGAGUUCUUCUCAACAGCGUACCACCAGCGGGUGUUGCCCGCGCCCCUGGUCGCGUAAAUCUCAUUGGGGAACACGUGGACUACGAGGGCUACUCGGUGUUGCCAAUGGCCAUUGACCAGAGCAUUCACGUGGCAUUUAAUGUGGUAAAAAGUAGUAGUAGACAUCCAGAAAUGAUGGUCAUACGUAUCAUGAAUGCUGAGCCACAGUACGAACCUGUCUUAUCUUCCCUGGACGGGCAGAAGUUUGAGGAGGUGGGGUCAACGUGGGCCAAAUACGUGCUGUGUGGUGUUCUAGGGCUUCGUGAUGCUUGGCCAGACUAUUUCAAUGACAAAGUAAAAGAGCUGCAAAUGCUUGUCGAUGGCAGUAUUCCUGCUGGCUGUGGCUUGUCAAGCUCCAGUGCGUUAGUUGUUGCGUCUGCGUUAGCUACAAGUUGCGCGCUUCAGAUUCCGAUGACGCGGUUGGAGCUAGCCGAGCUUUGCACACGAGCAGAGCAGCGUGUAGGGACGAUGGGAGGCGGCAUGGACCAAGCGGUGGCAUGUUUGGCUCAGCGUGGCGUGGCACUGCAUCUUAAUUUCUUAACUCUUCCUGCUAGGAGUGAACCAGUUGUAGUUCCGAGUGCCAAUGCCGGAGUAACUUUUGUCGUUGCCAACAGCCUAGUUGUAGCGAAAAAGGCUGUUGAUGCCGCAAAAAGGUACAACAAACGCGUUGUAGAAUGCGCUCUUGCUUCAAAGAUAAUUGCAAAAAAAGCGGGGCUUGACGACUGGAGCGAGAUGACCCGCCUUGUGGAUGUUCAGUUGGCACUCAAGAUUUUUGACGGCGAACAAUCAUUUAAUGAACUGAAAGCUCUUGCAUUGACAUUUUGCCCGUUAGAAGAAAAUACAAUUGCUGAGAUUGAAGGCGAGCUGGAGGGUCCAGUCUUAAAUUUUUUUAUUGGAUCUGCAAUGGAGGCUGCCAUAAUGGCAGUUCUUGCUUCAAAUUCAAAAUUUAAGUUGCAUCAGAGGGCGCUGCAUGUAUGGGGCGAAGCUGAGCGAGUGAAGCAUUUCAAAAAAAUUUGUGCUUCAAUUGCAGACGAGACUCCGUUGAAUUGUGUUGCCUUGUCAAAGCAAUUGCAAAAUCUUGGCGAGAUAAUGACAGCGAGUCACAAAAGUUGCCAAAAUCUUUACGAGUGCAGCUGUCCAGAAUUGAAUGAUCUGGUCGAUGUCGCGUUGUCUGCCGGUGCAUUAGGAGCACGGCUUACUGGUGCUGGAUGGGGAGGAUGUAUCGUUGCGCUCGUGCGAAAAGCUGAAGUGAUCAAUUUUACGAAUGCAUUACAGUCGAGCUACUACAUGGGGCGAGAAAUAUCGUCGCUUGACGCUUCGAAAACAAUUUUUGAAACAAACCCUGCGCCUGGGGCAAACGUUUUCAUUUUAAAAUAA